CCGGCCCCCAGUCUCCAGGGCGCCGGAGCCGGGAAGUGGGAGCAGGAGCUAAGAAGGCGGAGACUGGCGAGGCUGCCACCGCCCGCCGAGCUCCGACACAAAAAGGGGCUGCAUGGAGCUGCCGGUGGGGCUCUUCGGACUGUGGGCGCUGCUGUUUUGCGCCACCAGUGAAGGAGACGCGGCGCCCAAGGAAACUCAGCCACCAGUGACGAAUUUGAGUGUUUCUGUUGAAAACCUCUGCACAGUAAUAUGGACAUGGAAUCCUCCUGAGAGAGCCAGCCCGAAUUGUAGUCUGUGGUAUUUCAGUCAUUUUGGCAAUAAGCAGGAUAAGAAAAUCGCUCCAGAAACUCAUCGUUCAAAAGAAGUGCCUCUGAACGAGAGGAUUUGUUUGCAAGUGGGGUCCCAGUGUAGCACCAAUGAAAGUGACAAUCCUAGCACUUUGGUGGAAAAGUGCAUCUCACCCCCCGAAGGUGAUCCAGAGUCAGCUGUGACUGAGCUACAAUGUGUUUGGCACAACCUGAGCUACAUGAAGUGUACUUGGCUCCCUGGAAGGAACACAAGUCCUGACACUAACUAUACCCUCUACUACUGGCAUAGCAGCCUGGGAAAAAUUCUUCAAUGUGAAAAUAUCUAUAAAGAAGGUCAACACAUUGGUUGUUCCUUUACUCUGACUAAAUCGAAGGAUUCCAAUUUCGACCAACACAGUGUCCAAGUGAUGGUCAAGGAUAAUGUAGGAAAAAUUAGACCAUCCUUCAACAUAGUGCCUUUAACUUCUCAUGUGCAACCUGAUCCUCCACAUAUUAAAAAUCUCUUUUUUCAACAUGGUGACUUGUACGUGCUAGGGAAGACUCCACAGAAUUUUGUUAGCAGAUGCUUAUCUUAUCAAAUAGAAGUCAAUAACAGCCAAACAGAGACACAUUAUAUUUUAUCCGUUGAAGAACCUAAAUGUGAUAAUUUGGAAUUUGAGGGAAACCUGGAGGGUACAAUCUGUUUCUGGGUCCCUGGUGUUCUUCCUGAUACUUUGAACACAGUCAGAAUAAGAGUCAAAACAAAUAAAUUAUGCUACGAGGAUGAUAAACUCUGGAGUAAUUGGAGUCCAGUGAUGAGUAUAGGUAAGAAGGCCAAUCCCACGUUCUACAUAAUCAUGUUACUCAUCAUUCCAGUAAUUGUUGCAGGUGCAAUCAUAGCCCUUCUGCUUUAUCUAAAAAGGCUCAAGAUCAUUAUAUUCCCUCCAAUUCCUGAUCCUGGGAAGAUUUUUAAAGAAAUGUUUGGAGACCAGAAUGAUGAUACCCUGCACUGGAAGAAAUAUGACAUCUAUGAGAAGCAAACCAAAGAAGAAACUGACUCUGUAGUGCUGAUAGAAAACCUGAAGAGAGCCUCUCAGUGAUGGGGAUAAUUUAUUUGAACCUUCAAUGUGACCUUGUGAAGAUUGAUCCCAUUCUCCAUUUGUUAACUGGGAAUUUAUUAAAUGGAAACUGAAACUACUGGACCAUUUAAAAACAGGCAGCUCAUAAGAAUCACAGGUCUUUAUGUUGAGUCAUGCACCAAAAAAACAAAACUAAUGGCACUCUGGAGAAGAGAGUGGAGUCAUUCUCACUGAAUUAUAAAAGCAGAUAUCUUUUACGAAGGCUUCAAACUAGGGGACAAAGCAAAAGGUGAUGAUCACAGUAGAGUUUAAUCUUAAGAGUUGUGACAACUUCCUGAGUGAUCUGUGUCUGCUUUGUAUUCUUUGUGUCAUAUAAUAUCAACAAAUUUUAUUUGUGGGGGAACUCAUUUUGGGUGUAAAUGCUAAUGCCAAACUUGAGUCACAGAGAACAUCUAGCAAACAAAAUUGACAAAAUCUGUUGUUUGGAAUCCCACUAAGUAAUGUUUGUGGCUGUUAAAACUUAAGAGUCUGAAUCAUCAUCUCUUCAGCAGCAUUUUCCUCUGCUUUGAAAGGCCCAGACAUCAGUGUUGGCCAUGAUGAUAACUACAGAAAAAGAGGCAGCUUCUUUUUGCCAAGACCUUUCAAAGCCAUUGCAGGCAUUUUUUUUUUGUCUUCUCCUUUUUUUAAUUAAAAAUUAUUGAGGUGACAUUGAUCAAUAAAAUCCAAUAAGUUUCAAGUGUACAAUUCAACAGUAUGCCAUAUAUACAUUUCAAUGUGUGUUCACCACCCAUAGUUAGAUUUCUAGGCCUUCGAAGGCAGCAAAGACAGAAUGACUUAUUGGGUAUUAGACUUUGAACCAUGCAGUCUCUAAUGAUACAUUGUUUUUUCUUUACUUCUGUUACUCAAAUCAAGUAUUUACUAUGUAUCCAGAUUGUACUAGGCACCCAGGUGUGAGGCACCGACUCUCUCAAAUGGUUGACAAUUCUGAUUGAGACUCCUCAGUUCUUACCACUUUAUUUUUCUCCACAAGUCAUUCUUCAGACCUUUCAACUCCCCAAUUCCCACACUAAUAUCCCAUUUUACAUUCUCCCUCACUGUAGUCUUUCACCUUUCAUUAUAUAUUAGAAUAUAAAUCUGCUCAGAAUAUCUAGGGGAGCAAGGAGUGAGUUGCAGCUCAGGUAAAGUGUGAGUAGACUAAGAAACAGUGAUGAAUUCUUGUAUAUUUUGUAACUUUUUUUUGUGAGUUUGCUUUUAUUUGAAUAUUUUCAGCACUUACUAUUUCUCUACAUAUUUUCUAAACAGAAAGGAGGUAUUAUCUUCACUUAGAACUUUGCUAUUUGCUUGAUAUAAAGAAUAGUUAUAUCUUUUCCUCUUUCUCCCUACUGCCACAAAUAGUUAUUAGUAGGUUUUGUGUCUUAUAUUGAUAGCCAGUAUCCAGGGCUCCAAUGUUUGUAUGUGUUUUUUGCAUAUGUUUGGGUUCCAUUCUCACCCAUCCUCACAACAUAUGUAUUUCCCCUACUCCUACUUCCUCCAAAUUUAAAGAAGUAUGAAAAUAAGAUCCACCACUCCACCCCCAAGAUUCUCUCCUUACAGAUAUAGACUUGGAUGACUGGUAGGAACUUGAGAAAUUUGUAUCACCAGUUCUCCAAACAUUUACCCAUUUGUAUUAAUAAGAUGGUACUCCCUGAAAUUCCUGCUCUUGGGGAAGGGAGAUCCCUGCUCUUCUCAGGUUUGGGCAAAAGUGGCAACCUCCUUGCACUGCAGGGGAGCACUGUGCCCCAACUUUUCUGAGGAAAUUGGGGUUCACAGCAAGGGUACAUAGAUAUCAAGGUGCUGCCUCCCCGCACUUUUAUUUUUGAGGUCAGAUUGAGCCUUGGAGACAGGUAUAGUGGAUGUUCCACUUUGUUCUGUUCUCUAAAAAGAAAAUUUAAUUUUCAUUUGUAGGAAUGAGGUUACUUCCUAGCCAGGUGUUUUAUAAUUCUGGGAAGCAAAACACCUGAAUGCUUCACCCAAGGCCAUUUUUCCUGUUACCCUGUUUAGAUGGCAAUGAAUGUGUAUGUGUGUGUGAAGCGGGGAUGCUUUGAUAAUCUCAUUACCCAAGGAACUACUGAUGCUGACAGUCAUGCAGACUGGGAGUGGGGAAAUUGUAUUUGUUUCCAUCCUCCUCUUUUAGCAGUAAAAUAGUUAAGGGGAAGUGAGGCAGUAAGUCAUGGGAGUAGCUAUGGCUGUUUUAUAAUUGCUGAAAAGUGAUCCCCAGGUCUUGGGAACUCUCCGAGUCUUUAAUACAUUAGUGGGAUUUUCAUCACCUGUAGGAAACCAGUAGGUCCGUUUACUAUUUUAUGUCUAAUCUAUACAGACUUUUUUCUCCUUAUACCUAAAUGACCCUGCUAUAAGAAUGCUCAUUCUUAUUCUUUCAUUCAUAUUGUUUUCUUCUUCUGGGCUCUAAAGGGAUAUGUGAAACAAUGUUAAGAACAUUUUUGGUAAUGCCUUCAAUUAGGGCUCAUUUUGUUUAACUUCUUAUAGGAAAGUUGAAUAAAAUAAAUAUCGUCUUUUUGUAUGUCA